GGAUGUGCGCGCCACACUAGUCCACAACAACACGGCAACAUGGCGGCGCACUGGGCCGGCAGGAGGCUCUCUUUACUAUCCUUAAUCCUAACAAAAAGAGGACAACAUGUCCCGCUGUGCUGCGUGUAUUCACCUCGGUGGAAGAGCUCCGGACCCAGCAGCCUGCAGGACAGACAGCGGGAGAUCAUGGCCCGGGGUCUCCCCAAACAGAAGCCCAUCGCCGGGGUCGGCCAGGUGGUGGUGGUGGCGUCUGGAAAGGGAGGUGUUGGCAAGUCUACCACCGCAGUGAACCUGGCACUGGGACUGAUGGCCAUCGACCCGUCUAAGAGAGUAGGUUUGUUGGAUGCUGAUAUCCACGGCCCCUCUGUCCCAAAGCUGAUGAACUUGAAGGGGAAUCCUGAACUCACAGAAACCAAUCGGAUGAUCCCUCUCACCAACUACGGACUUCCCUGUGUCUCUCUCUCUCCCAGUAUGUCCAUGGGCUUCCUGGUGGACGAGGAGGCCCCCAUCGUGUGGAGGGGUCUGAUGGUGAUGUCAGCGCUGGAGAAGCUGCUCCGGCAGGUGGAAUGGGGGUCUCUAGACUACCUGGUGGUGGACAUGCCCCCUGGGACCGGAGACGUCCAGCUGUCCAUCUCUCAGAACGUCCCUGUCGCAGGGGCGGUGAUCGUCUCCACACCUCAAGACAUCGCUCUGCUGGACGCACGCAGAGGGGCGGAGAUGUUUAAGAAGGUCCACGUCCCGGUCCUGGGUCUGGUCCAGAACAUGAGUGUGUUUCAGUGUCCAAACUGUCAGCAUCAGACACACAUCUUCGGGUCUGGCGGCGCGAGGCAGCUAGCAGACACACUGGGAGUCCACUUCCUGGGUGACAUCCCUCUUCACCUCAACAUCAGAGAGAUGUCAGACCGGGGUCAGCCCGUGGUCAUAUCGUCACCUGACAGCCCUGAGGCGGAGGCGUACAGGAAGUUGGCGGCUGCAGUCCUCCUCAGAAUACAGGAGGUCACUGUUUGAUUGACGGCUUCAGCGAAACAACUGACAUACGACAUAAACACGACCACACACAUCCACACCACUCACACACUGCUCCACACUAUGGAGGACAGACGUACAGCCACUAACGCACUGCUCAAAUCACAGUCAAGCAUUCACUCUGUUCUAUGGAUGUAGUACAUAGGAUAGGAUGUAGCUAAUGUGCUACAAUGCUGCUGACUCAAUCUGAUGCUCAGCGUGUGGGCUGACCAAGGCACUAGGGGUCGCGACCUUGUGACAUCCAAGCCUCCCCAUGGCGUUGCCGCGGCAUCCAGCCGGGAUGGCUUGUUUUGUAGGCUCACUGUUUUCGUCUGCUUGUAUUUAUUAUUUCAAACGGUCAAUUGUUGAGCGCUGUACCGCUACACGGCUGUAUUGAUAUGUAUGUAUCUACCACUGUAUUGUUGCUAGGUUUCAUAUAGGUACAUAAUCCUGGCAAUAAAAACGAUCUCACAAGGA